AUGACAGGAUAUGCUCAAGUUAAUGGUUGCUGUACGUCUCGUUCGAAGCUUGAUAAUUCACCAAACUUUCUUAUCAUUGUUGCUGAUGAUCUCGGUUGGUCGGAUAUAUCACCAUUUGGUAGUGAAAUUAAUACGCCCAAUCUUCAAAUGCUUGCCAAUAAUGGAAUUCGAUUCACUGAUUUUCAUACUGCCUCAGCCUGUUCACCUACUCGGUCGAUGCUUAUGAGUGGUACGGAUAAUCAUAUUGCUGGUCUGGGUCAAAUGAGAGAAACUAUUGUACUUAAUCCCGACAUUUGGCUAGGAAAACCUGGAUAUGAAGGCUACUUAAACGAUCGUGUAGCAGCUUUACCUGAGAUUAUGCAAGAUGCUGGUUAUUUCACUGCGAUGAGUGGGAAAUGGCAUAUCGGAAAUACUCAUGAAAGACUUCCAGCGAACCGAGGUUUCGAUGAAAGUUUUGCCUUGCUGGGUGGUGCCGCAAAUCAUUAUUUUUCUAAAAGUACUAAUGCAGUACUACCAUCGGCCUAUGCCCAUAACUUUGAAUAUAUUAACUACACGUCACUCGAAGAUUUUUAUUCAUCGGAUUAUUUUGUUACUCAACUAAUCAAUGCUUUAAAACACCUGCAGAUCUUAUUGCUAAGUAUAAAGGAAUGUACGACGAUGGUCCAACUAUCCUACGUCAAAAAACGACUUGCAGUACAACAUCAAUUGGGUCUUCUAUCAGCUGAUGCGAUCGUGUCACCUGUAUAUGCAAAUUCAGAAGAAUGGGAGAAACUUACACCAUCCGAACGAGCUUUCAGUGCGAAAACAAUGGAAAUCUAUGCAGCCAUGGUGGAACGUAUAGACUUUUCUAUUGGACGUGUCAUCGAUUAUCUGAAAGAAAGCAAUCAAUUUGAAAAUACAUUCAUCCUGUUCAUGUCAGACAAUGGAGCAGAUGGUAUCGAUAUGGAAAAUGUCUCAAUUUUGUCUCCUACACAAACCAAUCAAUCAUUUAAUAAUAGCUACGAAAAUCUUGGUAAUAAAGAUUCAUUCAUUUGGUAUGGACCUAGAUGGGCUCAAGCAUCAACUGCUCCUAGUCGGAUGACUAAAGGUUAUAUUACUGAAGGCGGUAUCCGCUGUCCAGCAAUCGUUCAUUAUCCAAAACUCGAUAAAACUUUAAAUAUUAGUCAUGAAUUUACAACUGUUAUGGAUAUUUUACCUACUGUCUUAGAACUGGCCAACAUCUCUCAUCCAGGUACUGUAUUUCGCAAUCGUACCGUUGUUACACCGAAAGGGAAAUCAUGGGUUUCAUACUUACUUAAUUCUGAUGAACAUGUGCAUCACGUUCAUAUGGAAACGGAUUUUACAGGUUGGGAAUUAUUUGGGCAACGUGCUAUUCGCCGUGGAAACUACAAAGCUAUUUUCAUUCCAAAUGAAUCCAAUACAUCGAAAUGGGAAUUAUAUGAUUUGUCUAAAGACAAAGGUGAAUCAAUUAAUUUAGCUGACCAGCAAGAAGAUGUUCUGAAGGAACUUAUUGAUGCAUGGUUUGCAUAUGAAGUUGAAAUGGGUAUUAUUCUUCCUGAAGAUGCAUGGUCUGUUAGAUAUGCACUGACCGUUUCUGGAUCUCUUGGUAUUCAAAAUAAUAGUUCUCCAAUUGAAACUAACAAUAAUACAAUGAAAUAUUCGUAUUCAUCUAGCACCACAACAAAAACCACAGGAUGGAAUUAA